AUGGCCAGCACUUCCUCGAUAUCAUUCCCAGCAACAUGCAGACCAUUACCAGCCGAUCUUUUCGCAGACAUUCGCUAUUUCAUCAAUGACGAUGUCGAUGAGCCUACGCAGCAAGAGAUCCGCUCACUUCUCUCACAAGGUGGCGCGCAGCAGCACGAUGAGCAAUCCAUACCGAGCAGCAGCCAACCAAACUUCAGCGAUGCUCGAUUCCGUCUCGACAGUAUCACGCAUGUCUUUGCUCUCAGCGUUGAUUUCCCCGAGUAUCAGGACUGCGUAGAGCCUACGCUUUCUCAGAAAGCCGCAACAUCCAAAGGACCUCUAGUCGUUACACCACAAUGGGUUCGCCGAAGUGCUCAGCUCGGUGUGCGUCUUAAGGAGGAUCGGUUCUCGUGCCGAAGUGAUAUGAUCUUUUCAGGCCUCACCGUCGCUGCCUCUAAAUCCGAACUCUCCAAAGCCGAUCGUGACCUGAUCAGCAGCAUCGUCGCCAACUAUGGCGGUCUCUGGCGUGAGGACCACUUUUUCGACGUCAACGUUUUUCUCACCACUGGCAUCUCCAGCACAAAACUCAACAAGAUCCUCGACGCUCCGGGCAAGGCCACCAUCUGUGUGGCACCGCAGUGGAUUAGUGACUCUUGGCGCUUACAGAAGCUGCUGCCAUUGGACUCAUACCAAUUUCUGCCGGGCCAGGACAAGAUGCCGCCGUGUUUCGCAGGACGAACGGCAAGCGGGUCGCCUCUCAGCUCGCCGAGAAAAGAUCGCGUUGCAAUGAGUCUGGUCGGGGAGACGAAUCGCUCCAUCUUUGACGCCUCGGCCAAGUCCAAUGGCCGCGAUCACGACAAGAACGUGUUUCGUGGCAUGAGCGUGCUGCUGGCUCGAGAUGUAUGCCGAGCCAGCGAGCAGCAGCUCCGAUCCUUGGAUCACUUCAUUCGACUGUCGGGGGGUACGUUGCGUCGUGCUCCCCACGAUCUGAAUGGCAUAGCACAAGCGGUACGCAACUCGGACUUUGUCGUGUGCAGGUAUCGAGAGGUGCAGGAGUUCCGCGAAGCAAUCCGACAGACCAAGCAGGUGGGCAAUCUGACCUGGCUCAUCUGGGUUGUCUCCAACGACGUAUUGAGCGACCCACGAGAAGAGCCUCUCCACUUUCCCGUACCGCGACACGGCAUUGCCGAGUUCAAGGACGCCACCAUCACCAUUUCUGGUUACCGCGGGACCACUCGCCAAUACCUUACCAAGAUGAUCAAACUCAUGGGCGCCACCUUCUCGGGUGCGCUGAGUGCGAGGACGAGCAUCUGUGUAGCUGCCAACCUCGACAGCGAAAAGACACAGAAGGCGAAAGAGUGGAAGGUACCCAUCGUUAAUCACAAGUACAUUGUUGAUUCGUUCCUCGCCUGGGCGCCCGUCGAACGCGCCAAGCUCAAGUACAUUGAUUUUCCGGAAGGCGUUGAUUACAAUGUGGAUGUGGGAGAUACAAGGGUGACGGAUGAGAGUCUUGGACCUUGGAUCGACGACGCGAUCAAUAACGACGAGCCGGAGGAUAUGCCUACGAGCGACCCUGUAGUUCCGAUGGCAGUGUAUGCGGCUACGGUGGCGUUGACAGCAACGCCUCCUCCACCGGCUUCAUCGGCAGUCCAAGAAGCAAGGGGGCCUCCAGCAGCGAGCGAGGACCUGAAGCCAGCCGCUACCCACGCAGCAUCGGCGGCCAUGGAAGCAAUGACGUCACCACCGGCUACGCCAUCGCUGCAGCAGGACGGUAACCGCUCGCACUUUGACGGAUCUACCACCAUGGACACGUCCUCCGAGAUGCCGAGCUCUCCCGGCGGUUCCGAAGACGCAACCGAGAACUUUUCUCUGAGUCCGCGAAAGAGCCCACUUUGUCAGCUGCGCACCAAACGCAGCCGAACUUCGAUCCUCCAAGACAGUCUCCAUCAGCGCACAUCUGAUCAAGUUGAAGCUAGGGCGGUCGAAGACGAACUCGACCUCGCACCGAUAAAGAAGUCGAGGAGAACCAACUCGGCUGGUGGCGAGCACAGCGAGGCUCACGUGCUCCCACGCAGCGGUGCGCCUGUUCGUGUCGCCACUAGCAACUACAAAUUGAAAAAGAGCGAGGAAAGCAAGCUCAAGGUUGUAGGGAUCGAACUGGUCGACGAUAUCGAACAGGCCGACGUGUUGGUCACACCGAAACUCUCGCGUUCACCCAAGAUGCUGUAUGCGAUCGCAUCAGGUAGCGUUGCUAUUGUCUCGCCUGACUGGCUGCAAGCCUGUCUCAAGACGCGCCAAUGCAUCGCCACUGAGGCGUCAUACGAGUUGAUCGAUCGAGAAGGCGAAAGGACGUAUGGUGUCGUGCUAGCCGAAGUGAUGCAGCGUCGUAAGGUGGAUUUCCCGCAUGGCAUCUACCAUGGGCACAAGUUUUGGCUGGCUCGAGGCGUGGACGAAAACGGAUCGGUUUCUACCCUCAUCCACGCAGCGGGAGGGCAAGUGCUACCGGUGCCGUUCGAUGAGGACAAACUGCUCUCAGAGCCAGAUCGGUAUCAUCUCAUCGUUGAUCAAGAACACACGAUUGAAUGGCGCGAUCUGAUCGGCCUGGCUACGACCAAGGGCGAACCGUUGCAGCUGUACAAGAAGCAGCUCAUUACCGAUGGCAUUUUCGAACAGCAACCACGAUGGGAUCGUCAGACAGUCGACGCUGCUACAGCGAGCGCCAAAGGGACCCCUACGAAGCGUGGACGGAGUGGUGCGGCGAAGCGUGCUGGUGGUCGAUGA